AUGGAUCAUGGAUGGCUUUGGAUUCUGCAAUAUUGUUAUGACUUGACUCUCAUCAUUGUUGUUGUUGGGGGUUUUGGGAGAUCUUGUAAAGAGAAAGAGUCUACGCUCAAAGGCCGUCCAAGAUCAGAUGCAUUUGUUGUGAAAGGCUUUAACAAUUGGAAAAAGGCAAGCGACAAAAUGAAUAGUUCUUUAAUGGGACACGUGGGGAAAGAUCCAAAUUCACCACAUAAAAAUGCUGUGAAAUGUUGUGAGGAUCUGAUGAAUCAGUCACAGCAUAUUGACAAGUUAGUUGAAAAACAAACAUCACAAGAAACAGAGAAUAAUUGGUUGCGGCUCAAAGCCUCAGUAGAUAGUGUUCAAUGGCUAGCAUUCCAAGCAUGUGCCUCUAGAGGUCAUGAUGAAAAGCCUGACUCAAAAAAUCAAGGUAACUUCAUUGAAUUGAUAAAGCUCUUAGCAACUUAUAAUGAUGAUGUUUCUGGACUUGUCUUGGAAAAUGCUCCAAAGAAUGCGAAAUAUACAUCACCCAAAAUUCAAAAGGAAAUUCUACAUAUCAUUGCAAAUAAAGUGUGGGAUAUGAUUCGAAAAGAAAUUGGGGAUACCAAAUUUUGCAUUCUCAUUGAUGAAGCUCGAGAUGAGUCAAAAAGGGAGCAAAUGGCUAUUAUUCUGAGGGAUAUGAUGGAGUUGGCUUCUAUUAUCAAUAUUGUUGGUGGUUCUUCAAAACGCCAUGAUGAAUUACAGGUUGUUCAAGCUGCUGAAAUUGAAAGUUUGAUUGAUUCUAAAAAAAUUAAGACUGGAAAUGGGGCAAACCAAAUUGGUACUUUGCAACGACCUGGAGAUACUCGAUGGUCAUCGCAUUAUCCAUCUAUUUGUAGCUUGAUAAAAAUGUUUGGUUCAACUUGUUCAGUUCUCAACAAUAUCUCCAAGGAGGGAGCUAAUUAUUCUCAACGUGGUGAUGUUGAAGCGGCUUACAUGGUAUUAACAUCAUUUGAAUUUAUUUUGAUAUUGCAUUUGAUGAAAGAUCUUAUGGGACUCACUAAUAUGUUGUGUCAAACUUUGCAACAAAAAUCUCUAGACAUUUUAAAUGCCAUGACUCAAGUUUCAAUUACACAAUCACUCAUUCAAGAGAGGAGAGAAGAUGGGUGGGAGCCUUUGCUUGCUACUAUUAAAUCAUUUUGUGAAGAAAAUGAUAUUAAUAUUCCUGAUAUGAAUGCUCAUUAUAAUAGAGCUCGAGGUCGAUCUCGUCGUCAAGAUGAAAGGUCUCCAACAACAGUUGAGCAUCAUUUUAGAGUUGAUAUAUUUACUGCUGCAAUAGACUUUCAAUUACAAGAAUUGAAAAGUAGAUUUGGUGAGCAAGUUGUAGAACUCCUCACUCUUAGUAUUGCUUUAAGCCCUAAAGAUGCAUACAAAUCAUUUGAGAUUGAUGAUAUAUGCAAAUUAGCUGAGAAGUUUUAUCCUAAAGAUUUCAACGUGCAAGAAAGAUUCUGUUUGAAGUUUCAAUUGGAACAUUAUAAGCUUGAUGUGCCAAAGCAUUCAGAUUUUCAAAAUAUGUCUACAUUAUCUGAGUUAUGCAUAAGAUUGGCAAAUUCGGGAAAGUCAAAGAUCUAUCCUUUGAUUGACAGGUUGAUUCAUCUAGUGUUGACUUUCCCUGUUUCUACUGCGACUACAGAAUGA